AUGCGUAUAAACACGGUGCCUCGCGCGGCGCUGGCUCGAGCACUCGCCUCGAGCGAGCUGCAGUGUAGCGAGCCACAGGCGCUGAGGGCCGUGUUGAGAUGGGCUGAGCACGCGCCUAAUAAUACGCAGCAACCGAAGCCGAAUGUAAUCUGGCACACAGCGCACUCGUCCCGCCGAGGCGGCGGCCGCCGCUCCGUGUCCGACGCACAGUUGAGACACACGCAGGGCGACCUGCUGGCUCUCGUGCGCACCGAACACAUACCGCAAGACAACGACGCGCUGCAACAGGCAAUUCGUCGCGGCAUACUAGCGCCGCCGUCGCUGGAGGCGUCCUCGGCGGACGCGUGGCUCGGCCGCCCGCCGCACCGCCCGCCGAGGUGCUUCCUGCCCUAUUUGGAUGAGCUUAAGGCUCUACUAGAAGACCAGCAAGUCCCUGAAGCAGAAUUAGCUCGAGUGCGGCGCACCCGCUACCUGAACCGAAUACCGGACACGCUGUAUAUGGUGGCAGCCGAACGCUCAGCUCCUAUCGACGCGCCCUCCCUCUCCCUCGUCCCGUGCGCCCUCCGCGCCGCGCUGCUCGCCCGGCACCGCGAGCUGCGGGCCGCCCCGCGCGCGCAGACCGCCCUGGCGCUGCCCCUGGCCCGCCCGGAGACCGUGGCCGCGCAGCUGGCGCUCCGCUGCGCUCGCGAGAUGUCGCUUCCUGACUCUUGUGCAGACUUGCUGUUGGCUGAAAACGAUGAGCAGGACAGGGAGGGCGCGUGGUCGGAGUGCGAGGAGGGUCAGCAGCGCGAGGCGGCGUCCAGCCGGCCGCGCGAGCCGUGCUGUCGAAGCAGCUCAGCGGGUCUCAGUAGUGCCGGGUCACUGAGUAGCGCCGAACACCAGCUUAUUAACGACUGCGUCGGCGGCAAGUCGUGGCGCCGAGCGACAGUGGAGCCGCGCCCGCCCGCCGCCGCCGCCGUCCCAGAUGUGGCGCUGGCGCCUAAUGCGAAUACGCAUUUGUUGUGUCCUCCGCAGCAUAGUUUCAGCGGCAUGGGGGUGCUACAACUAGACCUGGGAGACGGCGCCACACACACGCCUAGACCUGGAUCGAGAGCGCUGCGCGCCGCGUCGCAGCACGCAAGACAUCGCGACCACACGCAACAGGUACUAGCUAUACUCCAGACUGUAAAAAAACAUACAUACAGACGAAUUGAAAACCCACCCUGUUUUGUAGUUGGUAAAGGUGCAUAG